GGCAGUGGGUUGAUUAAGGGUGUAGUUUGGGGGGAGUGGCUCUUUUUCCCGAUCUUUCCUAUCUGGUUCAAAUCACGCCUUAAAAUAAUUAAAUAUUUAAAGUUCUGAAACUGAUUCGAAUGAUGAAUUAUUAGAAGAAGAAAAAGAAGGAAAUGAUGGGACACAAAUGUCUAUAAUUACAUCUGGAUUUCCAGAACAAAAUACAACAUUUAAUGUAAAUAAAUUUACAUUCAAAAGAAUUAUUAAAGAAAUUGAAAGAGCAAACGAAAUAAUAAAUAAAACAAAUAAUGAACAAGAAUUAAUUUGGGAAGAAUUAAUUGAAGAAUUAAAUUGGCAAAAUAAUUAUGAAUAUUUUAUUUUAAUUUUAUGUAAAGUAAAUGAAGAUGUGAAUUGUAAUAAACAAAAAGUUUUAUUACGUACAUAUUUAUAUAAUUGGGAAAAAGAAAAUGAACAAAAUAAUUUAAUUGAAGAAAGUCAUUUAAUAACGAAUUAUGAAAAAAAUGUUAAAUGUUUUGAUAAAAAUAGUAAAAGAGAAUCAUCAUUAACUUUUUGUAAAUUAUGGAUUAUUGGAGUUAAUUUAAAUUCUUCUAAAAAAAUAAAUGAUAAUCAAAUUGAACAACUUUUAACAUUUGAUAAUAUAUUUAAAAAUUAUUUAACAAAAUCUGGAUCUGUAUAUUCUAUAUUUACAAACAACAAAAUUGAUUUAAAUAAAAUGUAA